AUGUGGUCGACUUUCGCAGGCGCUGUACUCUUUGCAGCAGCCGUUCACGCUGCUACCUUGAGCGACAUAUGCUCGAAGGACUAUGUCAAAUCAGCACUUCCUGCCGACAAUUCUCUAUCCGGCAUCACCAUUAACCCGAAUUCAGUUCACACGUCACUGGUCUCGAAUGCUACCUUCCAGUCUGAAUGGUACCCCACCGCCAGCGCUGACUACUGCAACCUCACUUUCGCCUACUCACACAAUGGUAUUCCCGAUGACGUUGUUCAUGUUUCCUAUUGGCUCCCUGCUCCUAGCAAGUCCCAGAACCGCUACGUCUCUACUGGUGGAGGCGGACUUGCUAUCAACUCGGGAAGCCAGUAUGCCCCCUCUGGGCUCAUAGUCGGUGCUGUCUCCGGACUCACUGAUGGAGGAUUUGGAUCAUUCGACACGCAGUGGGAUGAAGUCUUCCUCCUGGCCAACGGUACCAUCAACUGGCAGUCAGUCUACAUGUUCGGCUACCAAGCCCAUCAUGAACUUGCUCUGCUUGGCAAGGAGCUGGCAAGGAACGUGUACAAUGUUUCCAAGAGCGAGAAGGUCUAUUCUUACUACCGAGGUUGCUCAGAGGGUGGUCGUGAAGGCUGGAGUCAAGUCCAGCGCUUUGCAGAUCAGUUUGAUGGUGCUGCUAUUGGAGCACCAGCCUUCCGCUACGGUCAGCAGCAAGUCAACCACUUGUUUGGCAAUCUUGUCGAGCAGACCUUGGACUACUACCCUCCUUCGUGCGAGCUGGACAAAAUCCUGAACUUGACUAUUGCUGCUUGUGAUGGUUUGGACGGUAGACAUGACGCUGUUGUAUCGCGCUCUGAUCUCUGCAAGCUCCACUUCAACCUCAACACCACGAUCGGAGAGUCUUACUCUUGCACUGCAUCGGGCUCUCAAGGUGGUCCAGGAGCGCUUCGGGCUCGACAGUUUGCUCAGCCAUCUACUCCUGCUCAGAAGGGCAUGGUCACGGAAGAGGGUGUUGCUGUGGUUCAACAGUUCCUCAACGGCCUCCAUGAUUCUAAGGGACGUCGCGUCUAUCUCAAUUACCAGCCCGGAUCAAGCUUCUCGGAUCUUGCAACCUACUACGAUGAAGAGACCGAGACCUGGGGCCUGAGUAUCAGCGGUCUUGGCGGUGAGUGGGUUGCCCGCUACCUCCAACUCCAAAACACCAGCACGCUCUCCACCCUCGACAAGGUCACCUACGACACGCUCAAGGAGUGGAUGAUCUACGGCCAGAACAAGUACACCGAUUCUCUCCAGACCACUUACCCUGAUCUAAGCGACUUCCAAUCUGCGGGUGGAAAGGUGAUUCACGUCCACGGGAAAUCAGAUGAUUCAAUCCCGGCUGGCUCAUCGGUACACUACUACGACUCUGUCCGCAGUGUCAUGUUUGCAGAUAAGAGCUACAAUGAAAGCAUUGCUGCCCUCGAUGAUUUUUAUCGGCUGUACCUUGUUCCUGGUGGAGCACACUGCGGUAGCAAUUCUAACCAGCCGAACGGUGGUUGGCCGCAGACCACUUUGCAGACUGUUAUUGAAUGGGUCGAGAGUGGGGUUGCGCCUGAGACUCUGGAUGGACAUGGUGGUAUUGAGACUAUCUGCCGCUGGCCUCUUCGCCCGUUGUGGUCUGGCAAUGGAACUUCACUGGACUGCGUUUAUGACCAGCAUUCCAUUGACAGCUGGAUAUAUGACUUUGAUGCAUAUAAAUUGCCCCUUUACUGA